UCUCUGUUUCUUUCGUUUUGAAAAGUCAUUAUGUUCGGUCGCCUUGGGGGUCAGUCCCUCCGCUGUACGGUGCGCAGACCCUGGGCACGGCGGCGGUUGUGCAAUUGUGAGCGCAAGUUUUCCGCCCAUCACCCCGGUCCUAGCAUGGCGGCCUCGUCCGGGGUGUCGUCUCUGGGUGCCAUUAGGACCGAGUUGGACCGUAUUUCGCCGUGCUUUGAGGUUCCUGCGUCGAAGAUCACCAUUCUUGACUCCCCGGCCAGUUUCUAUGAAACCCUGAAGGACAAAAUCCGCAAAGCCCGCCGGCGCAUCUACUUCUCGACGCUGUAUAUCGGCAAAACCGAGCAUGAUCUCAUCGAGACGCUGGACCAGGCGCUGGCGGAUAACCCCGACCUCCAGGUAUCCAUCCUAACGGAUGCCCUACGCGGGACGCGCGAAUCGCCCGAUCCGUCGUGCGCUUCGCUGUUGUCGACGCUGGUGGCCAAGCAUGGCCCCGACAGGGUCGAGAUCCGCAUGUUCCAUACGCCUAAUCUGACGGGGCUGCGGAAGAAGCACAUUCCGCGGCGGAUCAACGAGGGUUGGGGACUGCAGCAUAUGAAGCUGUACGGGUUUGAUGACGAGAUCAUCCUCUCAGGGGCCAACCUCUCAAGCGACUACUUCACCAACCGCCUCGACCGGUACCAUGUCUUCCACUCUCGGGAACUCACCGACUACUACGCCCGCAUCCACAACGCCGUCUGCAGUCUCAGCUUCCAGGUCCUUCCGGACGCCCACCAACCCUCGGGCUAUCUCCUCGACUGGCCAUCGGCCAACGGCGCCCCGUGUCCGCUGGACAACCCGUCUAAGUUCAUAGCCGACGCGGCCACCGUGCUGAACCCGCUCAUCCACCCGGCGUCGGGCUCCCAACAACUUCCCUCCGAACCGAAACCCUCCAGCCCCAGCCCCAACCCCAGCCAGACCCUCGUCUACCCAAUCGCACAGUUCACCCCGCUACUCCGCCCAGACACAUCGACCGAGUUCCCCGCAGUGACCGCCAUCCUGCGCCUACUAUGCCAGGUCCCCGCCUUCGCCGGCUCCCACUGGCUCUUCACCGCUGGAUACUUCAACAUGCACCCGACACUCUCCUCCCUCCUCAUCGCCAGCACCGCCGCCCACCCCACGCGCGGCACCGUCCUAACCGCCUCCCCCUGGGCAAACGGAUUCUUCGGCUCCGCCGGCAUCUCCGGCAUGCUGCCCGCAGCCUACACGCACCUAUCAGCCCGAUUCCUCGACCGAGUCGCCGCAGCCUCCGGCCCCUCCCCAACCCACCCCCCAGCCAUCGAGCUCAAGGAAUGGCGCCGCGGCACAGUCGGCCAGCCCGGCGGAUGGACCUACCACGCCAAGGGCCUGUGGAUCACCCUGCCGGGCGAGGACCACCCCAGCGUGACCGUCGUCGGCAGCAGCAACUACACCAAGCGCAGCUACAGCCUGGAUCUGGAGGCCGGGGCGCUGGUCGUCACUGGUGAUGCUGAGCUGAAGCGCAAGCUGGGCGCUGAGACGAAGUGGCUGCAGAGUGAUGCGCAGGUUAUCGAGCGUGAUGAUUUGCGCCGCACGGAGCGUCGGGUUGGCUGGCAUGUGCGGUUGGCGAUGUGGAUUGUUGAGCGUGUGGGGGGUGCUUUAUAG